AUGUCAGACAAAAGCGAGCUAAAAGCGGAGCUUGAACGGAAGAAGCAACGCCUGGCUCAGAUCAGGGAGGAGAAAAAAAGGAAGGAAGAUGAGCGCAAAAAGAAAGAGGUAAGUACAUGCUUAUAGGGACUUUAAAUAUCCCCUGAACUAGACUGACCAAAAUGGCGUUGUGCAUUCUGUUCAAAGUAUCUGAGUAGUCCUAUUUGACAUCAGUGGAAAGAGGAAGCAGUAGCUUUGAUUCCAGGGAAAAUGUACAGAUUCUAAGGCUAGGUUAAUUGUUUAAGAGCGAUUAUUGCCUUUUGAGGUUGUUUUGGUCCGAUUAGUAAAACAUUAUCACGGUUUUUCGGUUUCAAUAAUAGUUUUUUAGAACAUUAAAUGCACUAUGCAUUAUGUGGGUUGAAUGCUGUAACACCACAGAAUAAAACAAUUAAUACAAGUCCCAUGAUGGUAGUGACUGCCCAUUACUGCUUAUCACUUAUGAACUUUUAAAUAUUCACCUUACUUUACUUUAAUACAAUAUUUCAGUUGUGUAUAUUUUUUGGUUUUAUUUCAUGACAAUUCGUUCGGGGUUGAUCUGAUUUACUGCGCAUUGAGCUCACAGGAAGAAAAAAAACAGAACGAAAUGGAAUUCAAGUAAUUGAACCGACAUCGGUCAAUUAGUUAUUUAAAAAACGAAAAAUAACAGACAUUUCGGUUAAUCGCUCAGCACUAUAAACUAGCCUAAUUCAGACUACUCUCCAUCAAACCCUCUAUUCAUCAUGCUUACAGCCAGGAUACUAACCAGUGUAUAUGCUCUGGUUCUCUUCCAGGCUGACCUGAAGAAAGAUGCCGCCCCACUGGAUGACUCGGACUUGGAGAAAAAGAGACGUGAGACCGAUGCCCUUCUGCAGAGCAUGGGCAUCACAUCAGCUGAUGUCCCUGUUGGUAAGAAACCAUCUACCAUCAGUAUUAGAUGUUUAACAAAUCUCUGUACAUUAGCUUUUUACAAGGAUUGCGUCUCUCUAGUGUAGUGUAGGCCAUUUGACUCUUGACCAAACGUUUUUCUAAACCAAGAUUUAUGUGAGAACAUUGUCACCAAGCUAACAGAAGGGGGCAGAAGUGGUCCAUAGUAGAUUAAUUCAUAUUGCCUUAUGGCUGGCUAGUCCUGUCCGUAUGUAAAACAGAAGUGAUAAAGAGAACUGAUGUUAUGGAUGAAUCAGAAAAUGUAAUAUUUUUUUAUAUGGUUUGCCAUGGUUCCUUAGACUUAAAAUUUAAAUAGCUUAAAUGACAUUGACAUGAUUAUUUACUUGUUUGUAUUUUAGAAUUAGUUGACAAUACAUUAUUUUGCCUCACAACUUCUCUAACAUGUCUCAUCCAUUUGCUUUUGGUAUGUUGAUGUGUGACUAGUUAUUUCUAAUACUAUUGGUAUUUGUCUUACUAAUUUUCACAGCAUAUGGCAUGAAAUAUAAAACAUUUUUCUUUGUCUUUUCUCCAUUUUGCUGCUCAUAUCCACUCCAUUUUUGCCUUUUUGCAUGCCGCAUUAAUCGUGUUUAUUAUUAUUAUUUUUUUACCACUGCUGGCACCCCACACUGACAUACCUUUGCACUAUUGUGAACAUGCCAGCCUCUUCGCAUAGUAACAGGGGAUACCUGUCUGUUUCACUAUCUAGUCCCUCCUCCCAUGUCUCCAACCUCCAAAUCCGCGGGCACACCAAGCGAGGCAGGGAGCCAAGACUCGGGCGAUGGCGCUGUGGGACCCAGGUACAAACACCCCCCAGUUUAAUGUUUUAAUGUCAAAAUGUGUUCAUUUCUCUCUGCAAAGAGCCUUCAUCCCCUAAGCACAGGGCAGCGCCACUGUAUUUUAGGUUGCGAUGCAUGCAGGGGCUUUUAUUGCAGGAAUGAAUGAGGGACUGUCUCUCCUAAUGUCUGUGUAAUUUUAAAGGAUUUGUGUUUCACAGGUUUGAGCAAGUUUCUUCUCUAUAAAUCCAUGUGGUCCUCUGUAGCUCAAUUGGUAGAGCAUGGCGCUUGUAACGCCAGGGUAGUGGGUUCGAUCCCCGGGACCACCCAUACAUAAAAAUGUAUGCACACAUGACUGUAAGUCGCUUUGAAUAAAAGCGUCUGCUAAAUGGCAUAUUAUUAUUAUUAUUAUUUAUGUCACAGCUGGAACAGUCAAUCGCGUAUCUAGGUUUUUAAUAAGAUAUUGCCAAUGUUCUUACAAUGAAAUUUAAACAACCUUUGCAUGAGUUUUACUAGAUGCACACAGGUGCUUAUGUAACCAUUUGCCUUAUAAACAAUGCCUAUAAACAUGUACAGUUUUGAAAACACAGCGCUAGUGUUCUUCUCAAAAUAACACACAAAUACCAUUGAAGAUCAUGAUGACUAGCUUAUGCUGAGGGUGUGCAUGUUUAUUUUGUUUGUGUGCUGUUGCAUUAGGAGGGUUCUAAAUGAACUAUAAAACAACAGGGCUGUGAGAUGCCUGGGGGACUUCUUAACCCCUAAUUAGAGCCCCAGUCCCCCUGCUGAAACUCUAGCUCCCCCAGUGUCCCAUCAGAGCCAGGGAGCUCUUCCUCCACCCCAAGGCUCUACAUGUUGACUCAUUUCCCUCAGCAGCAUGGCCAUUUCCUACACACAUGGAGGUCAUGUUUUCCCUUGCAGGGCGCUCCCUCACAUGGGAUUCCGAGCCGUUUGUGUGACACAGUUCAGGCCUCGACAGCCCCUCAGGCUGCAUCAUUAGACCCAGUGUCCUCACACUCUCAGGACCUGUGUUCAAGCAUUUUAAACAGAUACUGUCCUUGGUUUUUAUAUUUUAGCUUCUAUAUGCAAGUGCCUAAUAGAGGGUUGUCAUGGUAACUGCAUUUUACCACCCUCUACAGGAAAUUCAGUCUUUCUGAAAUGUUCUGAAUUGAAUACAAGUUUGCUUUGUUACCUGUAGUUUUCAGUGUGGGCAUGUUGUGUGUAUAUGGUCUAACUUGUUUCCUCUCUUGGUUUAUGCCUGCAUUCUUGCACUAAUGCUGCCUUGUUGCUGUGACACUAACCAGGACUCUGCACUGGGACUCUGACCCGUCCACUCUUCAGCUUCACUCUGACUCUGAGCUGGGGUACUGGACACUAUCUUCUUCUCCUCCUCUUCUUUUCACUUCAUCCCACUUUCAACCUGUAGCACUGUUGCUCCUCUUGACCCUCUCAAAGCCAUCAUUUUAUAUCAGGAAAAAAAGUAAUGCCGUGUAUGUGUAUCUUGGUGGCAUCUUUCUUUGACCUACAGACACGUUGUUAUCCUUUCUCCAUGAAUAAGUGAUUAUCAGAAGACAAAAUCUCCCAUCCGUCUUAAAGGCAACUUCAGCAAUGAGGUGCUAAUGAAAAGGCUGCAAUGUGAUAGUAGUACUGUUAUGUGCUGUGUAUGGGUCGCCCAGGUUCAUGUUAUUAUUUCAGCUCUCCUUGGCCCUGCCAUGUGUCUGAGGUUGUACUCUGCUUUUAGGCGUGGGCCUCUAAAGCUGGGCAUGGCCAAGAUCAACCAUGUUGACUUCCCUCCAAAAGAGACGGUGUCAUACACCAAGGAAACCCAGACACCUGUGAUGACCCAGCAGAAGGAAGGUGAGAAGUCUGACCUAAGUACAUUUAAGCAAUAAGGCACGAGGGGGUGUGGUAUAUGGUCAAUAUACCACGGCUAAGGGCUGUUCUUACAGCCCUUGGCCGUGGUAUAUUGGCCAUAUACCACAAGCCCCUGAGGUGCCUUAUUGCUAUUAUAAACUGGUUACCAAUGUAAUUAGAGCAGUGAAAAUAAAUGUUUUGUCUUACCUGUGGUAUACGGUCUGAUAUACCACGGCUGUCAGCCAAUCAGCAUUCAGGGCUCGAACCAUCCAGUUUAUAAAGACACUUUUAGGGUUCUAUAUUUUCGGCACAACUAAAGCUGCCAGACUUGUUGACUGCAAGGUCAGAGAACAAUGCAGUCGGCUAUCAGUGUUUCAGAAAGCUACUCUUUUUGAUGUGUGUUGUGGCCGGCUGGCUGGCUGGCCUGUAUGAUCAUACGAGUGGGAGCAGGAAGUGAACGCAAAGUGGAAAUGAUCUGGCCUUACCGAGCACUGAGAUGAAAGCCGGGGGAAAUUGCAGGGGCCCGGGAAACAUAAGAAGCCAAAGGAAAGAUUAAAUUCACACACGUAGGCCCACUCCACUCAAAACCCCCAUCCUCAAACCAAUAGGGCCCUGCUACAAUUAAUGUGCAGGAUGAGAGGGCCAGGGUGAAUUGGGAAGAAAGGCAAUAGAUUGGGGCUAGAUAUGAAGCACCUCGUGCAUGCCCGGCUAAUGCAUCUGAACCAUGUCAAUAUGUAUGUAAUUGCUGCACAGCAGCUUUCAUGUGGUUGUCGAUGCGUAUCUUCAAAAAAAGCAUGUUUACCCAUAACCUCCACAUGUUGAGCACAUGUGCCACAAUAUGCAAUAUUGUGAUUACACCCCUAGUUUUCUUUUUUCUUCUAAGAUGCAGUUCAGAGUGUCUCAUAGGCUGAAAUCUGUUGUUUACACUGCUUUAUCAGCAAGACAUAUCAGCGACUGCUAUAGAGUGCUAUGUAGCCUAGUCGUUUUUUAUUUACACUGUGUGAGUGAGUUUAAAGAGAUUCAUUAUUUAUGCUUGAUGAUUUGUGUUCAGAGGUUUGGGUUGAUGAAUAAAGGUUGAUUUCCUUCCUUACUUGCCUCUUCGAAGUUCCCCCUUCACACUUCAGACUGCAUAGAACCCAGUUAGUUCUCUGUCAGAUCAAUCUCCAGUGGAAACUAGCCAGAUGACUUGUGGUGAUUUGUCAUUGAGGAAUGUGAAUUGUCAGCAGUCUGGCUGUGAACAAAUUGUGUGAUUCUAUGGAGACCCAUACCCAGUAAAGGAUAAAGAGCAGAGCUCUCUCUGUCUGUUCUGUUCUGUGGAGGGAGGCACAGGGACUCUGUCUUUAGGGCAUUGUAACACUGUGUUAAACAAGGAUGGUUUCUGUUGGCUGUCCAACACUAGACCCCCUCCACUCUCUCUGGCACUCUGUAAUCAUUUCAUCAACUCUCGCUUUCCUGUCUUCUCCCUUCACCCAAUAGGCACAUAACAAAACAUACUCUGUGUGCUUUCGCGCCAUCACUCCUGGCACUUGGUGAGGCGGCGUCCCCUCGCCUGCUCGCACCCUUCUGCGCAUAUGAUGUUGGGGGUGGCGUUGGUCGCGUGCACUGAUUUGAGUGAUUCAUCAUGUUGUCAAGAGGAGGUGACGGCACAGCACACUCAAGGUCAGCGGGCGGUGGCAUUGGAGGAAGGUGCUGCCGUGCCAUGCUAGACAUAGAGUUAAGGAGAGAGAGAUCCUAAAUUGUCCCUAUAGAUGACCCACCCAUCUCCAAAAAAGGCACAAUCUGAUUAGUGUUCUUUAAUUUGGGUAGGGGGGACUGGUCCUUCCAGCUCCCAUCCUCUAGAGCAGGACUCUCCAACCCUGGUCCUGGAGAACUACUGUCCUGUAGGUUUUCGCUACAACCCUAAACCAGCGCACCUGAUUCUAAUAAUUAGCUGGUUGAUAAGCUGAAUCAGGUUCGUUACAACUGGGGUUGGAGUGAAAACCUACAGGACGGUAGCUCUCCAGGAACAGGGUUGGAGAGGUUUUUGCCCUAGUACUACACAGCCGAUUCAAAUAAUCAAAGCUUGAUGUUUAGUUAGUUAUUUGAAUCGGCUGUAUAGGGCAAAAACCAAAAUGUGCACCCAGGGAGGGCCCCAGGACCGAGUUUGGGAAACCCUGUACUAGGCUACUAGGAGUCCAGUGUAGAUGCAAAUAUUGUGACCUGGUGGGAAAUAAUCUAGUUUGAGACAUGUCCCCAUAAAUGGUAAGUUCCACCAAUAUUUAUAAAAGUAAUACUCACUGUUUUGCUUGGAUGGUUGCAAUUCCCACUCCAGGUCAUGCAAGGAAAGGCAGUGAAUCAGGAUAGUGUGUAGAAAUCAAAUGUAGUGGUAGCCUAUAUCUAGAACAUUAGUGUGUUCAGACUACAGCAGUAGACAUUAUGCAACAUCAAUAAGUGCUGCUUAGCAAGUGGUUGUAAUUAUGGAAAAAAUAUAUGGGGGAAUUCAUUGAGUGUUCUGCCUGGAGCUCUGUUUGAAAAGGCUUCAGGCAAUACAAGAGAAAGUAUAGCAUUUGAGUAAAUUUGAAAUGUAAUUAAAUGUGAUUGUUUUAAUCACUUGGAUUCAGGCGAAGGUUAUAACUUUUAAUCACUAACUCAACUCAACAGCCUCUUGUUUGAAGUAGCACUCUUUGAACAUUGUCACCUUUCAUACGCUUGGCACUUGUCGAUUAGUCCCCCUUAACUGACUGUAUUGUUGAAUUAAAUUUAGGCUUAGGCUACAAUUUAACUACAGUUUCAGCAUGCUCAUAUCAAUUAUAGUAUAGUUUUUUCAAAGAUACAAAUGUGAGAAAAUAAUCAGUAAUAAAGAGAUUUGUAGGGUAAAAACAUUUGGUGAAUCCCUAUCACAUCUUCAUUUACAUUUACAUUUUAGUCAUUUAGCAGACGCUCUUAUCCAGAGCGACUUACAGUUAGUGAGUGUAUACAUGUUCAUACUGGCCCCCCGUGGGAAUCGAACCCACAAUCCUGGCGUUGCAAGCGCCAUGCUCUACCAACUGAGCUACAGGAGGCUUCACAGAAAGGUCUUUAUUUUGUCUCAAUCCUCUGUCUGUUGAGAGAGAGCCUAGAUAGAGAGAUAGAUACACAGAGAGAGCGAGAGAGGUAACCAGUGCUCCAAGUGUGUAAACUCAACAAAAGCCUCCCAUUUCACAGCUGACUGAACCCUGAUUAACCUGCUCGUCAGAAUAGCUGUAGGCUGACUGCUGAAAUCUCCUGGGUUGUGUUGGGUCGUGGUGGCUUGAUGUAUUUUCAUCUGCUACCUCACACAGAAAGAAAACAUACCAUGACCAUUAUGCCACCUGGUCAUGGUCCCUUCAGUAAAUCCGUAUCUGACACUGUGGUAGAAAUGUGAUGUAGGCCUAUGCUAUGCACGUAAAGAUAUUCUGAUGGUACUAGCAAAAUACAAAGUACAUUUGGAGCAUUGUGGUUAUUAUUCUGAGAUGUCAAAUUAUUUUGCCAUUAUUUUUAGCUGGCAAAUGCAUGAAGUGAUGAUAAAUAAUUAAAAAGAAUGUUCUCAUAUGCUUGAACAGUUGUUAUGAGUAAUGCUGUUUACUUUAGACUCAAAGGGAAAGACAUUUUCAUUUACGGAUAGAAAACUAACAGUGAAUUGAAUGAAGCCAUGGCGUCUUCUGUAUUUAACACUAAGUGGGCUCUCUCUCUACUGACAGACCAUGUGCGAUGUACUCUCCACACUCCUCUAGCUGGAAAAGACCAACAGUGGAAGCUGAUUUUUGUGCAACAGCCUUUAGAAAACUGGCAUGUGGAAGUCUGAUUUGUGUUGUCCAUUCUGUGGCUUUGGAGGAGACGAACACACCUGCAGUGGGGAGUAAAGGUCAUUAGUUUUGUACUUGAACAACACACUGGGCCCACGUCGCUUUUGCAUUAAUAUAGUGUCUUGACAAAGAACUGUGAUUACACCUCCCUCCCCCGGUACCACUCCCCAAAAAAGCGUUUAUUUUUUAAGUGGUACAAAAGCCAUAAUUGGGCCUACUUUGAGGGGAGGUCUCAGUGUGCAGGACAUGGUGGAUCCGGGUGAAUUCUGUUAAAUGUCCCCCCCCCCCCCCCCCCCCCCCCACCCUGGUUAUGUUCCCCCCCACUGCCCCCAGCGGGGUCACCAGGAUCACUAGAUUUUCUCCAAAUGGCCAUUUUGGCUGGCAGGUGCAUUAUACCCUUUAUUUUCAGAUUGUCCUUCCGCUCCUAAUGCCUGGCAGGUUGAUUGCUCUGCCUGCCUCGCCGGGGAAAGGGCUGACGAGCGCAGCAGGGCCCAGCUGAAAGACAGUGAUUACUGUUUUCCUUUAAGCCUGAUUGAGGCCCUUGAAAGGAAUGAUUUUAACCUUCUCCUUUGGGUUCCAGGGUACGGCCGUCCAUUGAAAUGGCUUGUCAUCAACCCAGUUCUGUAAACUCAUCAGAACACCCAAUGCCCCCCCCCCCAACCUCCAUGGGAGACAGGAAAGAGAAUCACUUUAUAUGGGCAGAUGACAUUAUCAGUUAGGUGUCAAACAUACAGCCCAAUCUGGCCCGUGGGUGGUUUGAGUGAAAAAAACAACCCAACGUUUUGUUUUUUUACGAACUCAAUAUACUUUAAAAUGAAUAAAACCAAAUCGAAACUGUGUAGAUUAUAACGGACCAUUCAUACAAUUUCUUGACUGUGCCCAGCUCACUAAUAAUCACCGAAAUGAAAGCUAUUGACAGUCAGGGAGCAUCGAAAAUUCCCAAACCGAUGGAUGGAGGACUAUUUUUAGCAAAAUCUGACGGAAAGGAAAUAUAACCAUUUUCAAUGCGGCCCUCUGGACCUUGUUGAAGACCGAAUGCGGCUCCCGGGGGAAAAUGAGUUUGACACCCCUGAUUUAGAUGAUCUCAGUGUAAAGGGAACAGUUGUGUGCAACACUGCUGCCGUCAUAGAUUAACUAUACAUAGAGCUCUAAAAGGUAUAGAACUGUCACACUGUACAUUUUCUCAUCCACAUGAAUGUGUUUGUUUAAACAAUCUCUUUCUACAUUGAAGGGGUGUGUAUGGAGAGGAGACGGUGAGGUGUUUGUUUGAGAAAGCAGAGUUCUGUAAUGUGUGAAAGUCUGAGCCAGUGUGUGGUUUACCAGCUGGUCAGGCCUACAAGCUGUAUUUUGUUGUAUGUUCUCCGAGGUUGAAUAGCAGUCUGUGGACCCCCUGGUGGGACGGUAAUUGCACAGGCUUGCCGUUCAGAGAGACUUGUCUAGGGGGCGGCCAGGCAGAAAACCUCUGUGCCAUCCUCAUGCCACCUUUUGAGGCAAACAAGACAAUUCAAGCAGCGCCAUCUGGUUAGCACCAUCCUGUCAGCUGGUCGGCCCAAUGGGAGUGGGCCUGGGCAGCUGCUCCCCGUCCUCUGUCCCGCUGCCCCCGGACCCUGGCCUGGAUGGAAGGGGGCAACUUGUUACUGGGACAUGGAGGAGAUGGCUACACUGAGAAGUGCAAGCCCUCGGUUGAAUAGCUGGGUCUCAUUAUCGGGGAAGGGGGACCGUAGGACCAGACCCCCGCUGCGUCGCGCCCCCCCCCCACACACACAAAUGACAACCUCCAGCGCUUUAGAGGCGCAGGUCCUUUCAGAGAGGUGACAUUGAGUUGGCAAACCAAACAAAUGAGGGGCAGAGGCACAUAAUGAUUCCAUUCCCAUACCCAUGCUAGCCUGCUUACCAUUCAGUGGGCUUGUUGUAGAGAAACUAUGUUGCAGAUGGAGACUAGUAGUAGACAUUAGGAAUGAACCGAACAUUGACACAGAAUUGCAGGAUCAGUUGUCACUUUAAACCAUUGUCAGUGAAAUCAUCCAUGAUUUGUAACAUUUCUCAUUUGCCACUGUCACAUUUGGCAUGACUAAUCUUGUAUUAACCAUGAUAUAUAAAGCAUUGCCAGUUUUAUUAUGUAGUGUUGAAUUGAAAUCCUGCACCUUUUACCCAACAGAGGAAGAAGAGGAGGAGGAAAUUGCUCCACCACAAACCAGUGCUUGAGAUCCAAAUGGAGAAGCCAGACCAGAAAGAGGUGGAGGAAGGUAGGAGUUGGUGCUAAACGAAUAACGAUUCAACUUCUUUGAUGUCAUCUUCAUUGAAGAAUCCUACCAACCAUUUUUGUUGGAUUUUGACAUCCAAGUGUUGUAUGAUGGCCCUUUUGUUUCAAAUAUAAUUUUAAUAAGACAACCCCAAGCUGUUAGAUGGUUCUGUAUUGUAUGUCCAUAACUUCUACUGUCUGUCUAGCACCUCCACAAGAGCUGACCGAGGAGGAGAAGCUGCAGAUCCUCCACUCUGAGGAGUUCAUAACCUUCUUUGACCACAGCACCCGCAUCGUGGAGCGGGCCCUGUCCGAACAUGUGGACGUCUUCUUCGACUACAGUGGCCGCGAGAUGGAGGAGAAGGAAGGGUAAAGAAAGAGGACAAUUUAUCUUUGGCAUUAUUUGAAUAGAAAAGGCAGAAUAUAUUAGCUGUUUAGUAAGAGGAAGGAGUGUGGCGUUAUUAUUAUGACUUGACUGUGACUAUGCUGUUUCCUAGUGAGAUCCAAGCAGGGGCCAAGCUGUUUUUGAACAGACAGUUUAUGGAUGAGCGCUGGUCCAAGCACCGCGUGGUCACCUGUCUGGACUGGUCCCCUCAGGUAAAACACACUCCUGGGUGCAGAUCUAGGAUCAGCUUCCCCUGACCCAAUCCUAACUUUAACCCUUGGUGGGGAAACUUCACCCUACACCGGUAAAGCACAGCACUAUCAGUCACCAUUGGCUCAUUAUCAUGACGCAACCUUUUCACUGACUCAAUCACUGAGUAAAAACGCUAGAAGUAGUUCUUCAUGGUUUCACUGGCCCCUGUGUCUUUGUGAAUCAUGUCACACUGCGUCGUUACGUGUCAGAAUUCAACCACAAUUUGUUUAUUGUAAGAAUGAAGUAUGUUAACAUAUUGUUGACAGUCUUUAGCUACCUCACCGCUUCCCUAAUCCUGUACGAUAUACACAGCACUUAUUUUACAUAUUAGACAUUUAGCCACGUUCCCCAGGGUGCUGGGACCGUGUUAUGCACAAAUUGUCACUUAGUAUGAGGCCGUAAUGAUUUGUUUCCCCUUAUGUCUCUCUUCAUUUGAUUCCUAGUUCUACAAUGUCUUCUGACAGUGAUUGAACACCAACUCAUUGUUCACCACUACGUUGCUUGCUCAGAGCGAUAUCCAUUCCCUUGUGCUAAAUUGUGUAUUCACCAACUGUAAACUUCAGUUGUUCCAAUAUGAGAAGCAGCAGAGGUUAAUGGUUUGUUUACAUCUGAUAAGUGUUUGAGAGCAGGUCUUUCAAGCCAUUCUUUCCUCAGCCAUUUCUCCCUGUGUUUUUAGUGUGCACUGGAGGGUUGAGUUUCAAAGGUCUCCAACGACUUGCAGUGGCCAACUUUACUACCGUGGUUCACUCAGCUCUCUCAGAAGUCUAGUCCCUAGUCCUUUAACAUUAUGCCAAGCCGUAGCAUCCAAACGUUAUUUACCAGACUGCGCUGUUAGGGAAAAGUUUCCCGGCCAUAAAUCUUGUUGAAGAAGGGGUGGUUACGCAUUCUGCUCGGCAUUCACCGGCACCGCGGAGGGCAGGGGAGGCUUGUUCACAUGGAGCCAAGCCUGGGGGCCAUGUCUACUUCCUCUUGACAUUCAUUUGGGCUGAUUUGUCUGUCACCAGUAUCCUGAGCUGCUGGUUGCCUCAUACAACAACAAUGAGGAAGCCCCCCACGAGCCGGACGGGGUGGCCUUGGUCUGGAACAUGAAGUACAAGAAGAACACGCCGGAGUACGUCUUCCACUGCCAGGUACUAAAGCCACCCAGGGCCUCUCUCUCUCUCUCUCUCUCUUCCCCCCCCUUCCCUUCCCUCUGCCUCAUGGGUGGCUCUCUCCCUGACUGGUGUGGCACACCGCCAACCAUCCCUCCCACCUCUCUCUGCCUCUCUCUCUGUCUCCCUCCUUCAUCCACAUUGGGAUUUCACCGGGCUGGCAUUCACCUCCACCACAGAGAAGAGCAGUGGUGCAAUAGCUGACUGGGAUGUAAGGGGCUGCAGCAGUUGUAUUAAGUGUGCUGUGCUGCGCAGGGCUGGAGUGGUUAUCAUGUGUAUCUAAACAAGGGCCCUGUGUUCAGCAGAGAGCGCGAGCAGCUCCUCCACCUGGCCUGCCUUAUUAUACUGCAUGCCCUGAGGUUCCCAGAGCAAGACGGGUUGAGUAGAACCACAUGUUGAUGCCUCCAGAGCGGAUGUAGUCCCAGGCACAUUGCUUCCACCAAAUAAGACUGAGCAGAAGUGUGAACUCAUUUUUCUCUAUGCCUCCAAGUGGGUGGGAAAUGCAAGUUUUUUUAGUGCGACCUUUUGGAAAAAAUCUACUUGGAUGAAUGAAUGAUUACAUAUGGCUAGAUGUGUAGGGUUUACGGGGGAUGUGUUUCAGGCUACGGGAAGGUAGGGCUUGGACCAGGCAGCCAGAGACCAAGUAAGGAGACUACACAUAAUAAACUAGCAUGAAUAAUGUAGACAUAAUCCAUACAUGAUAUAUCCUGUCGUGAGCAGCCUCCAGCAGAAGGCCCUGCCGUGGGUGGUGAAGUGUGAGUCAUGGAAAACACAGGAUAGUUAAAGUCUAAAUGAAAAUAAGCAGCCCGCUGUACAGCACACUGGCAUACUGCAGCAUUACCCUGAAUGGCCCAGGUCUGUAUAUUAUUUUGAGCGGGUCUGAAAUAGGGGCUGCACGCAGCCGUUUUUGAUUGGAGGUGACAUAGACCUACAUCACCAGAGAGCUGUCACCGUUUCACCGUGCACUCGUUAAUCUCAGCAGACGCUAACAUGGCUCUGUCUCUUACAUUCACUCCCCCCCCCCCCCUCUCUCUCUCUCUCUCUCUCUCUCUCGGCCAGUCUGCAGUGAUGUCGGCCGCCUUUGCCAGGUUCCACCCUAACCUGGUGGUGGGGGGCACCUACUCAGGGCAGAUCGUUCUGUGGGACAAUAGGAGCAACAAGAGGACCCCCGUACAGAGGACCCCCCUGUCAGCAGCAGCACACACGGUAUAACACAACACUCUCAUCUGCUAAUCAACCAUCACCAAAAUGAUUUUACCUCAACAGUUACAUUGGACACAUGGUAAGAAGAGCGGAGUGCAGGAACAUGGUAACGUCGGUGUGUUGUAAACAGACCGAUUGUGGGGGCCUUGUUCCCCUGUCUCCCCCUCUGUGCAGCACCCAGUGUACUGUGUGAACGUGGUAGGCACCCAGAACGCCCACAACCUCAUUAGCAUCUCUACCGAUGGCAAGAUGUGUUCCUGGAGCCUGGACAUGCUUUCUCAACCGCAGGUAGGUAGCGCCCAUCAGUCACCUCACCACCACCACACAGACAUGGGACAACUCAGCCUAUUCUCCACACACAUUACGUUGGCCCAUUUCAUAGGGCAUGUCAAACACCGGGACCUCACUAGACUCAUUUGUUUCAGCCGCUCCGUUUAGUAUUUUUUUGGCACUAAACAUAUUUUUGCGCUCAACCAUUUUUUUUUUAUCAAGGAAAUGAACUCUGCUAGCAAUGUCAAUCCAACAACGCUGCCGAACCCACCGAUGUCAAAUGUUAAUCAUUUAUUAUAAAGUGCUAGCUGAAUAUAGAUUAUACAUAAAUAACAUGAAAUCUAUAGGCUGUGUGUGUUAACAUGCAGGCCAGGCAGAGAGAGCGCUGGUUAUGAAUGUUAUUCUACUCUGUUCCCUCCCUCGCACUACUCUACAGGACAGCCUGGAGCUGGUGUUCAAGCAGUCGAAGGCCGUAGCUGUCACCUCCAUGUCUUUCCCCCUCGGAGAUGUCAACAACUUUGCGGUGGGGAGCGAGGACGGAUCCGUCUACAUGGCGUGUCGUCAUGGAAGGUACAACAAUUUUAACCAGAACCCCACCCACCCAGCCAGACCCCCCGUGUCCCCAUCCCCUCCGGCUGGGCAGACACCUCCAGGAAACUGAGGAGGCUUGUUAGGCCCCGGUUUAAAACAGUAUUUCUUCCUAGGUUCCUGCCUUUCUAGGGAGGUUCUUCUUAGCCACCGUGCUUCUACAUUUGCAUUGCUAGCUCUUUGGGGUUUUAGGCUGGGUUUCUGUAUAAGCACUUUGUGACAUCUGCUGAUGUAAAAAGGGCUUUAUAAAUACAUUUAAUUUGAUAUGUCAAAUAAAUACACCCCCCUCACUUCCCCAAGCAAUAUGAAUCCAACACUUGAUCUCCUGCUGUUUUGAGGUUUUCACUCCUACCCCAGUCAUCCUGUUUUGCUUAGCUUCUGUCAGUUAGGUUUGUAAAGGUCGCUCAACAUAAACGGGACACACAUGGAGGGGAAAGAAAUCAUUUCUUCUGGAGGAGUCCUCCCUCGGAGUGAGGGAGUUUGUUUAAAACUGGAUGUCCCGAAGAGACUCAAAUCUGAGGAUCGUUGCACAAUGCUCUCGUUUGAGAGCGAGAAAUAGAGAGGGUGGCCCAAGCAAACAGUCAGUGUGUCCACUUGUGUGGUGACAGAGCAGCAUGGCUUGACUCAAAGUGCUUCCUGCCUGCGAUGGAGAGACAGAUCUCUGAGCUACGGUGCUAUCGCUAAUGUCCUGCAUUAUGCCCAGAGACCGCCGAGAGGGGAUAGUUGCUAGGUUCUGCAUUGCAUGAUCACCUCGGUAAUUGAGGGACUAAUUUUCCACCUCAUUUCGAAUGGUAUGUUACUCUCAUCCCAGUUAAUAACGCAUAAGCAUCUCUCAUGCUGGGUAUUUACCCCUCGAGGUAAUUAUCAGAGCCACAGCCUGCAACAUGUGGCUCUGAAGCUGAAGGCUGCCUCUCUCUCACCACUGGGCUGGGAAUCUACAGUCAUGGCACGUUAAAAGGGGAAUUCUCUAAAUGUAAAUGUUAUUCCAAACUUAAAUUGAGACAAAAAGGGAGGUCUUGACCAAACCUUGUGUGCUAUGAAAUUCAGAAAUAUAUGCUAGAAUAUUUAAUGUAUAUUAUUUUGGUAAUGAUAUCACAUUAUAUAUGCUAAUGUUUCAUCGGGGGGAAAUUAAUGUAACGUGGUGUGUGUGCUAAGUAUUGGUGUGUGCUAAGUAUUGGUGUUCUUAUCCCCUGUGUGUUGUAUGUUUGGUCCACAGUAAAGCAGGGAUCAGUGAGAUGUUUGAGGGCCACCACGGGCCUAUCACAGGGAUAGACUGUCACACAGCGACAGGGCCCAUCGACUUCUCCCACCUGUUUGUCACCUCCUCCUUCGACUGGACCGUCAAGCUGUGGAGCACCAAGGUACUGUACCGUCUCCCCAAUAGAAAGCCUGCUGUUACUAUGAUGCGUCCUAAAUGGCACCGUAUUCCCUACAUAGUGCACUACUUUUGACCAGAGCCCUAUGGGUGCCAUGUACACUGAGUGUAUAAAACAUUAAGAACACCUUGCUCUUUCCAUGACAUAGACCGGUGAAUCCAGGUGAAAGCUAUGAUCCCGUAUUGAUGUCACUUGUUAAAUCCACUUUAAUCAGUGUAGAUGAAGGGGAGGAGACAGGUUAAAGAAGGAUUUUUAAGCCGUGAGACAUGGAUUCAAAGGGACUUAAAUCUUUUGUCUUGCCCAUUCACCCCUCUGAAUGAGCAAGACAAAAGAUUGAAGUGCCUUUGAACCGGGUAUGGUAGUAGGUGCCAGGCGCACCACUGCUGGGUUUUUCACAAAACAGUUUCACGUGUGUAUGAAGAAUGGUCCACCACCAGGGCCUAAAAUGUACUUUUUGGUCCACCAGCGACUAUGGCAGGUAGAUUUUUUUACCAGCUAAAAUAUUUUUACCCCGCAAAAAUUACACCAACAAAACAGAAAAAAACGGAUGAGCGUGCUUUGUAAUGUUUCUAAAACAAUAAAUGUAUUUCUAGUAAGAAGCAGAGGUGGGACCAAGUCACUAUUAUUCGAGUCACAAGCAAGUCUCAAGUCACAAGGUCCGAGUCUCAAGUCGAGUCCCAAGUAGAACGAGUCAAAUCCAAGUCGUGCAUUCUAAGAGCAAGUGAAGUCGAGCCGAGUCACAAAUGUUCAAGUCAAGUCUCAAGUCAAGUAAAAACAAAAUCUAUACAUGCAACGACUUGUUCAACUACAAAUCUUUGUCUGUUUAUUGAGGCUGCCAGACUGACCUUUUCAUUAUUUUGUCCACAACAUAUCUUUAUUAACCUAUGUAACUGUCAAAUAUGGACAUGUAGCAGUCAUAAGGGCAUGAAACCAGCAGGAGGCAAGGCAGGUUGACGUGCUCAGUGUAGAUUUAUUUACAGGUCUUUGUGAUCCAAUGGUGAAAGCGCCAUAUCAUACAAAAUAUACAAGUAGAUUUACCAAAUAUACACGGGUAAUAGCCCAAAAGAAAUAGGACAAGUUAAGCCUGAUACAGAGGCUAUCUGAACGGACACCGGUAGAGGGCAAGACUGUACAGCCUCCCAUUGAGAAACAAAAUCGAAUCUAUCAAACACAAGAGCUCAAACAGGUAGGCCUACAUAAUAUAAGCACAUAGCCCCCAGGACCAUACAAUUAGCCAAUUGGCAAUUACAACCAAUAAACUGGUUCUACAAUGUAGGCCUCCUGUAGCUCAGUUGGUAGAGCAUGGCGCUUGCAACGCCAGGGUUGUGGGUUCGAUUCCCACGGGGGUCAGUAUGAAAAGAAUGUAUGCACUCACUAACUGUAAGUCUCUCUGCAUAAGAGCGUCUGCUAAAUGACUAAAAUGUAAAAGGCCAUUUCCACAUAUAUUGUUAGAUUAGUCUUAAUGAUUAUUGAUAUUUCAACACCAUGCAUACAUGGAACAAUCAUUCAACGUUCUGACUCCAAAGCGUGGAGCGCAGGCUACGUAGCCUAUGUCUAUGUGCACUGAGGUGCGCGCGCUCCUAUUACACACAACAAAAAUGACAAGAGACUAGGAUUUAUGCAGCAUUCAAAACAACUGGGAACUCGGAAAACUACGAGGUCAAAUCAUGACGUCAGUGAUCUUCAGGUCGGAAAGUCGGAGCUCUAGAAAGAGGCCGGAGUUCCAGAAUUGGAAUUCCUAGUUGGAUGACCGUUCAAAUCGAUUUUUCCCAGUCGGGGCUUGUUUUUCUUCCAAGUUGUUUUGAAUGCACUGAAGUCGGAAGUCAAGAGAUUUCCGAGUUCCCAGUUGUUUUGAACGCGGCAACAUACACACGGAACUCCGGCAUAACCCAGGAAAGGCAUGCAUUGAAUUAAAUAAAUAGAACUUCUACCUCAUGAAUCUUGCGAACGUUCAUGUGCACUAUAAACAUUGCGCCCACUCAGAGCAGGGUAAGAAAUGGUUGGCUAUAAAAUGAAAAUGUAUCGAUGGCCUAUCAAACAUGAAACAUAAAUGUCUACGUGUUGCAAUAAACAGUACGGGGAUGGCAUGAUGAAAGGCUAGUAAUUAUUGUAGUAUUAGAUGGAAUAGAUUUACCACAUAGGGCCUAUGCAUUUAAACGUGUGAAAGCAACAACAAACAUUUCAACAAGUGGAAAAAAAGCACUCCACUGCUAUGGUGCGUCUUCGCCACAGUAAUAAUUAAUUUUAACAAAUUAUAAAUGCAAGCUUUAAAAUUAAAUUACAGUAGGCCUAUGCUAGUAACUGUUGCCCCAUUGCUAGUGAGCUUGCAAAGUAAACAGAUUAAUAUGCUUGAUGACCAAACCAUUUUUGGAGCUGCAUAUUUAUUUCAUAUGGCAAUCCUCUCUCCCUACAAUUUGACGUUUGCGCUGCACCCGAUCCUAUAGCUGUACAGAAAAUCAGCAAUAUGCAAACACUCCCGACCUGUGUUGAUUGACAGUUUGCUGGUCCAAUCAGAGUACCUAGUGUGCUUUUCAAUCUGUUGCAGUUUUCUUUGCAAGGGCAAUGCUGCGGUUGCUGUCUCUGGUUGCGUGUAAUCCACGUAGACUCUGUGCCACAAAAUGAGUGACAGAACAUUACAAAACCUGUCCAGAUAAUUUCAGUCAAAGUCUUGUUCCGAGUCUUAAGGGUCAAGUUAUUUUAUUUUAUAUCAAGUGGAGUUUCAAGUCAUCACAUGUUUUACUUGAGUCAGACUCGAGUCCACAACUCUGGUAAGAAGUAAUGUGGUAUAUUGUUUAAUUAAAUUUUUAUGACCUGAGUCUUUUAACCAAAACAUCACAGAUGAGACAAAAAAUGUUUUACCUGCCCCUUUAAGGGCGGGAGGUUACGUGGUAAUGCGACUCGAGUCAUGUUUGUGCCUUUGAGAUUGAGUCUGAUUUAGUAGCAGCGCUGUCUUCUCUUCCCUAGCAGUUGAAACUCAAACAUUGAAAAACAACAUAGCAUGUGAACAAGACACACAAGGACAGUCUCACUUCAGUAGACUUUAAUUUCAUGUAAAUUAGACCAAUUUUUAUGCCUGUGCGCGGCGCUUCUAAAAAUGAAUCUUUCACUCAGCUCUUCAUGUGUGCACAGCCCCCAGCCAGGCAGUGUUGCAGCGCGAGGUGCGAUAGGCUAUAUAGGAUUCGUAGUUCUUUGACUUUGUGCGAUUAAUUUACCAGCUAUGAAACAAAACGGCAGAAAUACUUUGAAAACAGCUACUGCAGCAUUUAUUUUACUAUAAAUGCCAACGUGGCUGGUGAAAUAGACAUCUUACCCGCCAAUGCUAAAAUCUACCUGCAUUUGGCAGGUGGUGGGUGUUAAUUUAAGGCAGUGUCCACCACCCAAAGGACAUCCAGCCAACUUUACACAACUGUGGGAAGCAUUGGCGUCAACAUGGGCCAGCAUCCCUGUCGAAUGCUUUCAACACCUUGUAGAGUCCAUGCCCCAACGAAUUGAGGCUGUUCUGAGGUCAAAAGGCAGGGGGAAGCAACUCAAUAUUAGGAAGGUGUUCUCAAUGUUUUGUACACUCAGUGCAUACACACUUGGCAGUUCUCCCACUUACAAAGGCUGUAUGUGUACACGUUAAGAAAAUCACAUUGUAGGAUUUUUAAUGAAUUUAUUUGCAAAUUAUGGUGGAAAAUAAGUAUUUGGUCAAUACAAAGUCUCAAUCUUUAUAUACCCUUUGUGGCAUCCACGGCAUGAAAAAAAUGUACAUACUACUGUACUUUAAGGGUCAAUUAAAGUCGUGAUUAGUCUAAUAUUAUAUAUUUCACACCAGCUACAUGAACAAUCAUUCAAGUUCUGAUCCAAAGUGGAGCGCAGGUACGUAGCCUAUGUCUAUGUGCACUGAGGUGCUCGCGCUCCUAUUACACACAACAAAAUGACAAGAGACAGGAUUUAUGCCGCAUUCAAAACAACUGGGAACUCGGAAAAAUACGAGGUCAAAUCAUGACGUCGUGAUCUUCAGGUCGGAAAGUCGGAGCUCUAGAAGAGGCCGAGUUCCAGAAUUGGAAUUCCUAGUUGGAUGACCGUUCAAAUCGAUUUUUCCCAUCGGGCUUGUUUUUCUUCCAAGUUUUUUUGAAUGCACUGAAGUCGGAAGUCAAGAGAUUUCUGAGUUCCCAGUUGUUUUGAACGGGGCAACAUACACACGGAACUCCGGCAUAACCCAGGAAAGGCAUGCAUUGAAUUAAAUAAAUAGAACUUCUACCUCAUGAAUCUUGCGAACGUUCAUGUGCACUAUAAACAUUGCGCCCACUCAGAGCAGGGUAAGAAAUGGUUGGCUAUAAAAUGAAAAUGUAUCGAUGGCCUAUCAAACAUGAAACAGAAAUGUCUACGUGUUGCAAUAAACAGUACGGGGAUGGCAUGAUGAAAGGCUAGUAAUUAUUGUAGUAUUAGAUGGAAUAGAUUUACCAUAUAGGGCCUAUGCAUUUAAACGUGUGAAAGCAACAACAAACAUUUCAACAAGUGGAAAAAAAAGCACUCCACUGCUAUGGUGCGUCUUCGCCACAGUAAUAAUUAAUUUUAACAAAUUCUAAAUGCAAGCUUUAAAAUUAAAUUACAGUAGGCCUAUGCUAGUAACUGUUGCCCCAUUGCUAGUGAGCUUGCAAAGUAAACAGAUUAAUAUGCUUGAUGACCAAACCAUUUUUGGAGCUGCAUAUUUAUUUCAUAUGGCAAUCCUCUCUCCCUACAAUUUGACGUUUGCGCUGCACCCGAUCCUAUAGCUGUACAGAAAAUCAGCAAUAUGCAAACACUCCCGACCUGUGUUGAUUGACAGUUUGCUGGUCCAAUCAGAGUACCGAGUGUGCUUUUCAAUCUGUUGCAGUUUUCUUUGCAAGGGCAAUGCUGCGGUUGCUGUCUCUGGCUGCGUGUAAUCCACGUAGACUCUGUGCCACAAAAUGAGUGACAGAACAUUACAAAACCUGUCCAGAUAAUUUCAGUCAAAGUCUAGUUCCGAGUCUUAAGGGUCAAGUUAUUUUAUUUUAUAUCAAGUGGAGUCUCAAGUCAUCACAUGUUUUACUUGAGUCAGACUCGAGUCCACAACUCUGGUAAGAAGUAAUGUGGUAUAUUGUUUAAUUAAAUUUUUAUGACCUGAGUCUUUUAACCAAAACAUCACAGAUGAGACAAAAAAAAAUUAACCUGCCCCUUUAAGGGCGGGAGGUUACGUGGUAAUGCGACUCGAGUCAUGUUUGUGCCUUUGAGAUUGAGUCUGAUUUAGUAGCAGCGCUGUCUUCUCUUCCCUAGCAGUUGAAACUCAAACAUUGAAAAACAACAUAGCAUGUGAACAAGACACACAAGGACAGUCUCACUUCAGUAGACUUUAAUUUCAUGUAAAUUAGACCAAUUUUUAUGCCUGUGCGCGGCGCUUCUAAAAAUGAAUCUUUCACUCAGCUCUUCACAUGCGCACAGCCCCCAGCCAGGCAGUGUUGCAGCGUGAGCUGGAAUAGGCUAUAUAGGAUUCGUAGUUCUUUGACUUUGUGCGAUUAAUUUACCAGCUAUGAAACAAAACGGCAGAAAUACUUUGAAAACAGCUACUGCAGCAUUUAUUUUACUAUAAAUGCCAACGUGGCUGGUGAAAUAGACAUCUUACCCGCCAAUGCUAAAAUCUACCUGCAGUUGGCAGGUUGGGGUUAAUUUAACAUGGCCCACCACCAAAGGACAUCCACCCAACUUUGACACAACUUGAAGGUUGGCGUCAAGCAGGGGCAGCAUCCCUGUCGAAUGUUCAACGUUUUGUAGAGUCUGCCAAGAAUUGAGGGGAAAAGUCAUUUAGGCAGGGGAAGCGAAGUCCCCAUAUUAGAAGGUGUUCUAAGGUUGUAAUUUUCAGUGCAUACAGUGGGGAAAAAAAGUAUUUAGUCAGCCACAAUUGCAAAGUUCUCCACUUUAAAAGCGGAGAGGCUGUAUUUUAUCUAGGACACGUACUUGACAGACUAUUGAGGAAAAAAAAUCAAAAAUUAUAAUGGUGGGAAAAUAAGUAUUUGGUCAAUAACAAAAGUUCUCAAUACUUUGUUAUAUACCCUUUGUUGGCAAUGACACAGGUCAAACGUUUUCUGUAAGUCUUCACAGGGUUUUCACACACUGUUGCUGGUAUUUUGGCCCAUUCCUCCAUGCAUAUCUCCUCUAGAGCAGUGAUGUUUUGGGGCUGUCGCUGGGCAACACGGACUUUCAACUCCCUCCAAAGAUUUUCUAUGGGGUUGAGAUCUGGCGACUGGCUAGGCCACUCCAGGACCUUGAAAUGCUUCUUACGAAGCCACUCCUUCGUUGCCCGGGCGGUGUGUUUGGGAUCAUUGUCAUGCUGAAAGACCCAGCUACAUUUAAUCUUCAAUGCCCUUGCUGAUGGAAGGAGGUUUUCACUCAAAAUCUCACGAUACAUGGCCCCAUUCAUUCUUUCCUUUACACGGAUCAGUCGUCCUGGUCCCUUUGCAGAAAAACAGCCCCAUAGCAUGAUGUUUCCACCCCCAUGCUUCACAGUAGGUAUGGUGUUCUUUGGAUGCAACUCAGCAUUCUUUGUCCUCCAAACACGACGAGUUGAGUUUUUACCAAAAAGUUUCAUCUGACCAUAUGACAUUCUCCCAAUCCUCUUCUGGAUCAUCCAAAUGCACUCUAGCAAACUUCAGAUGGGCCUUGACAUGUACUGGCUUAAGCAGGGUGACACGUCUGGCACUGCAGGAUUUGGGUCCCUGGUGGCGUAGUGUGUUACUGAUGGUAGGCUUUGUUACUUUGGUCCCAGCUCUCUGCAGGUCAUUCACUAGGUCCCCCCGUGUGGUUCUGGGAUUUUUGCUCACCGUUCUUGUGAUCAUUUUGACCCCACAGGGUGAGAUCUUGCGUGGUGCCCCAGAUCGAGGGAGAUUAUCAGUGGUCUUGUAUGUCUUCCAUUUCCUAAUAAUUGCUCCCACAGUUGAUUUAUUCAAACCAAGCUGCUUACCUAUUGCAGAUUCAGUCUUCCCAGCCUGGUGCAGGUCUACAAUUUUGUUUCUGGUGUCCUUUGACAGCUCUUUGGUCUUGGCCAUAGUGGAGUUUGGAGUGUGACUGUUUGAGGUUGUGGACAGGUGUCUUUUAUACUGAUAACAAGUUCAAACAGUUGCCAUUAAUACAGGUAACGAGGGGAGGACAGAGGAGAGCCUCUUAAAGGACGUUACAGGUCUGUGAGAGCAGAAAAUCUUGCUUGUUGUAGGUGACCAAAUAUUAUUUUCCACCUAAUUUGCAAAUAAAUUCAUUAAAAUCCUACAAUGGGAUUUUCUGGAUUUUUUUUCUCAAUUGUUGUCAUAGUUGACGUUGUACUAGAUGAAAAUUACAGGCCUCUCUCAUCUUUUUAAGUGGGAGAACUUGCACAAUGGUGGUGACUAAAUACUUGUUUUCCCCACUGUAUGUGGUUGAAUUCUGACUCCAUUAACCCUACAAAGCUCAGUGUGCAUCUGUGUUUUAGCAUUAAUCCAGAUAUUUGUAUUGCGCACAGUCAGUUCAGAGUGGAUGAAUGUUUUCAUGCGCCGCCUCCCGUUUCUCUCUUCCAGAACAACAAGCCACUGUACUCGUUCGAGGACAACUCGGAUUACGUCUAUGAUGUCAUGUGGUCCCCCACUCACCCGGCUCUGUUUGCGUGUGUAGAUGGAGUGGGCCAUCUUGAUCUGUGGAACCUCAACAACGACACUGAGGUAACGUUACCUGGCACUCUUUCACAUGCCCCCAUUUAUAAGUGCUGCACCAAUGCAGGAUCUAUAGGGGUGGUUUCCCGGACACAGGUGAUGCCCAGUCCUGGACUAAAAAGCACUUUCAAUGCAGAUUCUUCAUUGAGAAUGCUUUUUAGUCCAGGACUAGGCUUAAUCUGUGUCUGGGAAACCGGCCCAUAGUGUCACAGAAGUCAGCCAAUCAGUAUUGGUAUUGUAGGUGUUGACAAAGAAGCUGUUUCUUUUGCAGGUUCCUACAGCCAGUACCACAGUGGAGGGGAACCCAGCCCUGAACCGCGUGCGAUGGGCCCACUCUGGCAAAGAGAUAGCCGUGGGAGACUCUGAUGGACAGAUCCUGGUCUAUGAUGUUGGAGAGGUGAGUGGGUUAAGAGCCUUUACUGUACCAUUAAAACGCAUGGCAUUCUUCAUAUAUGUUUGGUAAGGGUAAUCUCUAGGGGGUUUUGCAUUCAGACAUUUGAGCCAGAAUUGAGAUAUAGGCUAAAUCUAAAAUGUUUGUAAAGGUACUCCAUUUCAGGCAGAAUGAUACAAAUAAAUACUUAAUUAAUAUUAACAAAGUAGUAAAAAAAUAAAUACACUUAUUUGAGAGGUUCAGCAGUGUAUUUAUUUUUAUCAUUCUGCCUGAAAUGGAGUACCUUAUUUUCCCUCUAGUGGAGGUGAAGGGGCUCUGGUAAUACUUUUUGCUCCAUUUCUUCGGACAACAAUUAAGCCAUUGUCUUGUCAGAGGCCAGCUAUCUGGACGGAGACAGCUCCUGAGGGUCUGUCUGAGUUUCUGUAUCAGUCAGGUCAGUGAGUGGGGAGCUGCAAAUACAGAGAGGAGCUCUCCCCCCCUGAUUUCUGCCACUGAUGGGUCAAGUCUCUGUGACAGUUGGAAGAUUGCCAGUGAUUCCCUGCCCCCUGAGUGUCCCAGCUUCAACAAUAUGUGUUAGUAUUUUCACCCAUAUCAAUGUUUUUAUUCCCCCCCAGCAAAUCGCUGUUCCACGCAACGACGAGUGGACCCGUUUUGUCCGAACCCUGGCGGAGAUCAACGAGAACCGGGAUGACGCUGAGGAGCUUGCCGCUCAGCGCCUCUCUGCCUGA